AGCCAACACCGGUGACAGAAAACCUCAGGAGAACGUCUGUCCCCAUGCCGCCGCGGCGCCCUGCGGGUCUGUCGGGCCUGUGUCGGGUUACCGACCACCUUUACCUCAGCAAUGUCCGAGCGGCUCACGACGCGGCGCAGCUGACCGGAAACGACAUCACGUGCAUCAUCAACGUCACCGAGACCCCGCGCGACGGCGCUCCUCCCCCGGGCGUCCACUACCUCCACAUCCCGGUGUCCGACGCCCCGGAGGCCCGCCUGUGCGACCACUUCGACGGGGUGGCGGAUCGAAUCCAGAGCACCGCGGAGCGGAGCGGCCGCACGCUGGUGCACUGCAACGCCGGGGUCAGCCGCUCGGCGGCGCUGUGCAUGGCCUACCUGAUGAAGCACGGCGACGCGACGCUCCUGGAGGCGCACGGCCGCGUGAAGGCCUGCCGGCCCGUGGCGAGGCCGAACCGCGGCUUCUGGAGGCAGCUCGUGCAGUACGAGAGGGAGCUCCGCGGGCGGAACUCGGUCCACAUGGUGUCCUCCGCCAUGGGGGAGAUACCGGACAUCUAUGAGGCGGAGAGCCGCAACAUGACGCCUCUGUGAGGGAGACCGGCUCUGCAAACAGCACGUGCUCCCAGUGCCUGAAGCAAACACACAGACUGCCACCCUGCCGGUUUCCAGAAUAAUCCGUGUAUAUAAUGUGAUGAUCAAAAUGUAUUUUCUCUUAUGGACUGGCCCUCUGUCAAGGAUGGACCUGCUUUAAAGUCCCUGUCGCACUUUAAAUACUUGAAACUUUUAAGUAUUCCUUUUUUUACUUUCUAGAAUCACAAUAAAUGGUGUACAUAGGUGAUUCAUUGACAAUGUCUUUGUAAAGUUGCACAUAUUCAUAAUCUUAAAAGGUAUACUGUGUAUCAAAUCUGUACAAAGAAGACUAGUGUUUCAGUAUGUGACUAUCAUUCCAAAUUCAUCAACAUUCUUAAACUGUCACACGUUCCAAAACUAUCACACAUUUGAAAAAUAACAUUCUAAAACUACCUGAUUGGUUAAAUUGUUCUUUUUAUGAACUUAACCAAUUACUGGCUUUUAAAUUUAUAAUGUGUGCAACAUUUUCUCUUGGAAAAAAAACUGUUCAGAGUUAAAUGUGAAUACUACUUAAUAAAGGGAUUCAGUUCGUGUGAGGCAAGGCGGUACAAA